AUGUUGGCCACAAAUGCUCAAAAGAUGGCCAGUUUUGUUCUAGAGCAGGAAGGUUCCGGUUUGGAUUUGGAUUCUGACAUCAGGGAAAAAGAAAAAGAAAUAUGUAACGAUGCUACAACUGUUGUUAAUGUUGUUGAUGAUGCUGAUGCUGAUAAUGAUGGUGAUGGUGAUGGUGGUGAUGAUGUUGCUGGUGGUGAUGUUGGUGAUGAUGCUAGCGCAGAGGAAGAGAGAGACGUUUCGGAAAACGUUGCGUUUCUCAGAGAAAUUUCAAAAGAUAUUCCAUUGGUAUUCAACCCGAUAAAUGGCACUGUCCAAGAAGAUCCUGGUGAGACCACUGACCAGCCGACGCAAGUUCAAACUGAGCCAGUGCCAACGGGAGCAGCAGAGACGAUAGGGGUUCAAACUGCUACUGGCGACUAUCCCAAUCAGAUUACGGAAGUGGCAAUAUCGGAGGAAUCUGGUUCUACGAUACAAGAAUCUACGGUAAAGAACCAACGCAAAACACGAUGGGCGUCCAUUGUCAAGAUGCGUCAGACACAACAACCCAUAAAAAAUAAGUUAUCUCCGUUUGUUAAAAGAACCGAUGGAAAACCCUCGAAGAUGUCCCGUCGCAAGGUCGUGUCGAAGCCAGGAAGGAAAAAUAAGAAAGCAAAGACAGAAGAGAAAGCUGGAUUUAAAAUUGCAGGUCGAGUAGAUUAUUCUGGCGAGCUGAAGCAGUUGUACAGCAACACCGACAUCAACCAGAACCAGAACCAGAAAAGGUCAAAUAGAAAGACAGAGAAACGAAGAAAGCCAUCAAUUAGUUCUAAACACAAAGCAAAAUCGAAGAAACACCACAAAUCGAAGAAGAAAUCAAAGAACAAGCGAAUUAGAAAUAUAUCGUCUGCUGAAACACAAUUCAGUCGCCAUGAUGAAUCACGUAGAGAAUCCAGCGUUAACAUGGUGGAGAUGGUUACAAGUCAUUUGCAAUCGUCAAUAAACGUAGGAAAAGAAAAAAGUUUGCUUAGCAGAAUCUCAGAUAACGAAAUUGAAACCUUAAUUGAAUCUGACGUUGAUGGAAUUGGAUCUACGGAACUUGAUUUUAAGCAAAACGAGGAAGUGGGAGAGUGUUGUGAUUCCAUCACAAAAGAACAAACAAUGGAAUACGACGAAGGAAAACAAGGAGGUGAAGAAACUACAUACGAUACGGAUGAAGAAGAUGGCGGAUAUCGAAAGGCAGACGACGGCAUAUUAAUAGAGGGAGGAGAAAAUGGAAGAGGGGGAAAGGGAGAGCAUCACAAACACCAACACCAACAGUGUCUGCAACAACAGCAAGAGGUUAAUGGGACGGUGGAAAUUUCUUCAAAAUCUAAAUCUUCGUCGUUGGAUCUUCAGGACGAGGUGCAGAUAAAAAACGAAUUGAAACGAAUUUUGACAUCUCAAGCAGGGAAAAUGGCUGCAGCCGACAUGUCACGUGAUUGUACAGAGCCAACCGACGAUAAGGUUCCGCCGAAUACAAUUUCCCUGAAAGAGGCCCGGGCCGCCGAAAGGAGGGCUCGAGCGCUGAAACGUCGGGAGAUGGUGGAAAAAAAACGUCGCGAAAGAGAAGAGCAAAUUCGGCGCGAAAAGGAAGCGGCCGAACGCCAGGAGAGGAUUCACCAAGAAAUGGAAGUCCAGCGUUUAUUACAAGAGGAAGAAGCGAGGUUACAUAGACAACAGAUGGAAGAGGAACGGCGACGAAAGGAAGCAGAAGAGGAGGAAUUGGAGCGGCGGAGGCUUCAAGAGGCAGAGGCAGAAAAGAAGAGGAAGGAAGAACAUGCAAGGAAGAUUCUUCAGUUGAAAAUGAAGCAAAUGGACGAAGAACGCCGCCGCCAGGAGAUGCUGGUACAGCAGCGACAGGAAGAGGAAGAAUUUCGCAAAGCUGAGCAAGAGAGAUUGGCAGCGAUGGCGGUUCAGGAACGUCAAGAGUACGAACGGAAGAAGGCAGAAGAGGAAGAGCGACGAAUUCUUGAAGAGGAAGCGAAAAGAUUACGAAUGGAGCAAGAAGCCAAAGAGAUAAUGCAGGAAGCGAUGCAAUUGGCCCACGACAAAGCCCGCCACCUGGCAGAACUGGAAGAGAGGUUGCGUUUCACCCAGACCCUUCACGCCGAAUCAAUCGGGUUGAUGCAGGGUCAGACGAUCACCCGGGCUUUCGUGUUUUCCUAUUUCGAAUUGUUGAAAUUCCUCGGAAAAGAGAAUGCGGACAAGCGGGAGAUAACCGAAAGGAAUAUUCCAACAACCUAACCGAACCAGAAAUAAAUAAAUAAAUAAAUAAUAAAAAGGUC